AUUUAUUGAGAUAUAGCACGCGCUCGUUCUUUCCGGGUUAAGGUUACGUGUAAUGUAGAAUAGCCUGAGUGCAGCAUGUCACCCCGCACGGCUUGAACUCACAUAUGCAUCGUAUAGUCUUCGUGGCGUGAAUGAGACAGUAACAGCAGCAGCACGUGAGAGUCUGUGCCUUCUGUAGUUGUAAUAGGGCGGGGAAGGAGGGCGCAUGCGGGCGUGGAAUGUGGCCCGGCGAGGGGCGGAGCAGCACGUGGUCAGUAGGGCCGGGGACGGUCUGCCGAGAGGAACCUUAGCCGAGUCGUGGGAGGCUGUCGCGCGAAGCUGCAAACUUGUGUGGCUCCCUCUUUGGUGGUAACACGAUGAAUACACGAGUGUAGCGACUAUGAGUGUACCGGCGAGUGUUGAUUGGUAGAGUGCAGUGAGCAUCGAGCGGUGAGUCGAAGGAGUGCUGGGCGUGACUGACGGAAACGUGGGUAUGGGGCGGCAGUGUUCCUCCUCCCUUCUGUUCCUGCUGCUGGUGGCUGCGGCGACCUGCUGGGUGGAUGCCGCCCUCCCACAGGUGACGCGCCCCCACCUCCACAACCCAGACUUGCGUGUGACCGCUGCCAGCACCGAGGCGCACCACCGCGUCCCUCGCCAGGGGCAGGCGUUCACGCCACGCCAGCAUGACCUCACAGGACACAGGUUAUGGUGGAAGGACUCCUCGGAAGACUCGAGGGGGAAAGUGAGCGAAUCUAUUGAGGUAACACAGCAGGGAGCAGAGAAGGUAAGUUUUCCUCUGAUGCAGAAGCAACAGCAUCAGCUGCAGAGCUCAGCGCGGCGCCUUACUCCCAUAGAACUUCCAAAACACCACCACUGUGAGGCCUUUAACACAAGCAAGACAGGAAACCUUUCGGCCUUCUCCAGACAGCACUCUCUGGGAACACAAAGACAACUAAAAUAUGACACUCCAGCCAAGGCUCGCAAGGGCCACUCAGGCUGUCACCACCACAGUUCCUUUCAUCACGACCAUUACAGUCAUCUUCACAGCUUCAGUCACCGCAAACAUCAUCAAGUUUUGCAAAGGAAGAGGCGGAGUCAUCACCACCUCAAAAAGCGUCACCAGAACUCCCAAGCAGAAGGAAUCCGCCGCUGGCCCCUCCUGCAGUUCUCUCAGUCUGAGUAUCGCCGCACCGUGACGGAAGACUUGCCUCUACACACCUCCAUCCUGACAGUGAGCGUGGAGGGCGCGCGGCCACAGGAGCGAGCACAGUUACAGUACCACCUCAGUGACACGGAAAACUUUGGCGUCGACGAGGCUGGCGUCAUCUACAACCUCCGCCGCCUGGACCACGAGACUUCAGGCGGCCGCUACACGGUGCAGGUCACAGCCGAGCAACGAGGAGGCGGUCGUCGGUGGCCACGACCUGCCGCUGCCGUCAUUGUCCAAGUGCAAGACUCCCCUGAGACACCCACCUUCGACUCCAGCCACUACCACUUCACCAUUUCAGAGUUCGCACUGAAAGGGAGCUACGUGGGCCGCGUGAGGGCGAGCGACGACGAUGGUGACCUUGACCACUACUUCCUAGAUGGCGCCGAGCCGGCCAAUGCGUUCUCGAUGGACCCCGCCUCUGGUGUGGUGACUCUGAGCCGAGCCCCGGAUGGGUCUCGCUGGGAGUUUAACUUCCAGGCUGGAGCUUCGGACCGGCAGGGCCACGUGGCGCUGGUGCCCGUCACCGUCUACAUCCUAGCCAGCAACCCAUCAUACGCGCGCCUCGUCUCAGACGACAACCAGCACAGUCCUGUGUUCCCUGAGUGUCAGUCUUACAACGACAUUCACGUGACGGAGAACGUGACGGCCGGCAGCCCCGUCUUGCUGGUGCUCGCCACAGACCAGGACACUGGCCGCAGCGGCUCCGUCUCGUACUCACUCAUCCACAGUUUCGGAAGCUUCGCUAUCCACGCCUCCAACCAGCACGGCCAGAUCACCACUACCAGGCGCCUGGACCGUGACGGGGAGGACAAGGAGUUUUUUCUGACAGUGAUCGCAAAGGAUAGCGGCACUCAGCCCCGCCAGACAUCCUGCUCCUUCCGUGUGGUGGUGGAGGACGUGAACGACAACCCUCCUGUGUUCGACCAAGCGAGGUACGAACAGACCCUGGCCACGGACCACAACCCGGCCACGCCCGUGCUGAGGGUCUCCGCCACAGACCGGGACACAGGCAGCAACGCCCGCGUUACCUACCACCUCGAGGGCCACCCCAACCACCUCGAGUUCUUCUACUUGGAGCCCAUGACAGGGGUGCUCUCACUCAAGCGCUCCCUCAACGCCACCAUGGCCAACACUCAGACCUUCGACCUGGGAGUGCGGGCGGUGGACGGAGGCACGCCUCCCCUGUGGUCCAUGGCGUCCGUUUCUAUCCCCGUGGUGUCUUCUGGGGAGCUGCCGCCCACCGUGGUUGGCCAGCACCCGCGGCAGCCAGCUAUCCCGGAGAACACCACGGAGAACACGGAGGUAGUGGUGCUGUGUGCCCGUUCCAACAUCGCCAGCUUGCCCAACGUCUACUUCACACUCCUGAACGGCAACACUCCGGACACCAACUCUGACGGAACCUUCGUCAUCAGACAUCUGCCGGACCACCAGAGCGCCGUCUGCGGGGACAGCUCGGGUGUCUCCAUUUUCGUGGCUGCUCGCACCCUUGACUACGAAUCUGUCCAGGCGUACAGACUCAACUUGCAGAUAGUGAAUGACCGCAACGCCCGCCUGGAGCAGCAGGUUAUGGUCACCAUCGUGGACGUGAACGACAACGCUCCCCUUCUGCAGCCCUUCGACGGAGCAGUGCGGGAGAACACGGACAGCAUGCUCAUCACGACCAUCCAAGCUGUGGACAAGGACGCCUCCCCUCAGUACCGCCAGCUCACCUACUCGUUCGACGUGACUGCUUCCAAUGACGUGAUUAGUAAGUUCGCCCUCAAGACUAAUGGGGAGCUGUGGACCACGCAGCCCCUGGACCGGGAGGAGGUGAGCCAGUACCGCGUCCCCAUCCAGGUGACGGACGGUGUGCCAGCCCACGAGCGCAUGACCACCUACUGGAUCACGGUGCAGGAUCUGAACGACGUGGCCCCGCAGUUCGACCUGGCUAAUGGCGUGUACGAGGUGCAGCUGCCGGAGAACAGGGAGCCCGGCAAACCCACGGGGAUACGGCUUCAUGUGGACGACGAGGACAUCGUCAACCAUUUCACCUUCGAAAUUGUGGAAGGCAACGAGGAGAAGAAAUUCCGGGUCGAUCCCUCGGCGAGAACGAUCCUGGUGAACAAGCCGCUGGACUACGAUUAUCCGGUGAUGGACAGAAACUUCACGCUGCGGGUGCGGGUGAGUGACGGUGAGAACGUCCCGGCCCUCACGGACGUGGUGGUGGCGGUGGUGAACGUGAACGACCUGCAGCCAGUGUUCCAGCGCAGCAACUACACCUUCGUGGUCACCGAGAACACGGACUGCUCGCUUCCCCUCGGCCAGGUCUCUGCGCUGGACCCCGACCUGCCUCCCUCAGUCAACCAGAACAUCCUCUACUACCUUUCCCCGGACGAACAGAGGAACUUCACCAUCGACAGUCGCUCGGGCCAACUCUCCAUUAGAGGGUGUCUGGACAGGGAGUCCGCCGUGCGUGGUACCAUGACGCUCUACCCGCGGGCGAAUGACGAGGGAGGGAAAGGACAUGACGCUGAUCCCGCCACCGUGCAAGUCACCAUCUUGGACCUCAACGACAACUACCCUCAUAUCAUUAAGCCGCCUCAGAGUUACGCCAUGGUGAUGGAGAACGUGGAGCCGCAUCUGGUGGAGCCCGUGGUGAUAGAGCUCGGGGAUGCGGACAGCGAGGAGCACGGGUGUCCCUGCUCCCUCGAGUUCCACACCUCCACCCCCGUCCACAUCAGGGACAAGUUCACCCUCACGCCCCUGGGCAGGUCCCGCUACCGUCUGAGUCCCGUGGCAGUACUCGACAGGGAGCAGCAGAAAGUGUACCGUCUUGCCUUCACGGCGCGGGAUAACGCGGGGCGGGGCGGCACUAGACAUCUCACACUGGAGGUGGGCGACGAGAACGACUCCCCGAUGAGUGACGGCAAUUCCAGCAUCCGCGUGUACAACUUCCAGGACCAGUUCCCCGCCAUGGUGAUCGGAUCGGUGCAGGUUACCGAUGACGACGACCACGACCGCCAGGACAAGACGUUCCAAGUGGACGCCAGCACCUUCCUGGAAGUGGCCUCGCAUUUCAAGGUGGACCUGUACACGGGGGACAUCACCAUGCUGAGGGGCACGCCGGCAGGCACUCACGUCCUCCGCGUCAAGGUGCACGACAACUUCCGCCGUGAGAUGGCCAUCGGGGAGGCGACGAUCAGUGUGGUGGCGCUGACGCAGGAGGCGGUGACGCAUUCCGGCUCCCUAAGACUUGCGAACACUUCUGCCAAGGCCAUGCUGCGCCGAGUGGAGACGGGCGUUGAGGGAAUCAGCCUUUACGAGCGCCUCAAGAAACAGAUUGCCAGGAUUCACCAGAUCUCCGAGACGCAGGUGGACGUCUUCUCGCUGCGGGACGCCCCUGGAAACUCGGGUGUUGACGUGCGAUACAAUUGCCACAGCUCGCCCUACUACACUGCCACGCGACUCAACGGUAUGCUGCUACGGAAGCGGCAGCAGGUGUCCGCAGCGCUGGGGGUGGACAUACCACUCGUGGAUAUCAACGCGUGUUUGUAUGAAGCCCUCUCCCCCUGCGGCGGCAAGAGCUGCCAGCACACUUUGCGGCUCAAUAUCACAGCGCCGCACGUGGUCUCCGGAGCCUCCACCUCGCUUGUCGGGAUGGACAUUACGGAUGAUUACGCUUGCAACUGUGGACCGCUGGAGCCUCCUCCGUCUGUAUGUUAUCCUGGCUUUUGUCUAAAUGGAGGAGUUUGCCGCGUGAAGAAUAACACUCUGACCUGCCAGUGUCUCGACGCCAUCAAUUACGGCCCGCGGUGUGAGCUGCUGACGGCAAGAUUCGAACGUGGGUUUGCGUGGUACAAGCCGCUUAUGGUGUGUGAACGAUCGUCUCUUUCACUUGCCUUUGAAACCAAUGACAAGAAUGGCGUUUUGCUGUAUGCUGGACCGACCGUUCCCUCUCCCUGGCCUGAUUACCCUAGAGAUUUCCUGUACGUCAUCCUCCGAGACUGGGUGGUCGAGACUUACCUGGACUUUGGCACGGGUACGAUGAACGUCUCCAUUUCUAUCGAGGCGAGCACCUUAAGGACCUUCCAGUACGUCCUCACCUGGGGCGAAGGAGGCGUCACUGCGGAGGUGAUAGACUGUGGCAUCAACAUAACGAACGAGAACCAGGACCCUUGCAGAAAGACUGUGCCUCUGGCGAGGUUCUCCAACAACCCCAGUUAUUUACUCAACGUUCAAGGACCCCUUCAGGUGGGUGGCAUCGCAGCCAUGGUCAGCUUCCCACAAUUGGCGGAUUCCUACGGCUGGACGCUCACCCCUCCCAGCACCUUCCUAUUCAGCGGCUGCGUGCUGGAACUGCGUCAUAACGAUCGCCUCUACGACCUCAAUGCCACUGACUUUCACAAGUACACCUUCCAGCCCUGCGACGCUCCCCGGACCUCGCGGGUGGUGCUCGGCCGCCAAUCCAUCAUCAUAAUCCUCGCCAGCCUUCUAAGCCUCUUGCUUCUAGUGGUGGUGAUUCUGUGUCUGGCACGCCGUGGAAAGAAAACCGUCUCGUAUCCUGACCUGGACCGGGAGUUGGUCAAGGAAACGAUGGGCGGCACUGACCUGGAGGGCUUCGGCGAGAAAGACGUGACCCACUUCGACCUCAAGUUUCUGCAAGUGACUCCAGACGGCUUCUUGGUGGGCGAUGAGAACGAAGGGACGCUUCCAGACGUAGCACAGGACGCCUGUCAACGACUUGGCGCCGCCCCGCUCGCCGCCAUGCCUGAGGGCCUGAGCAUUGGGGACUUCAUCAAAGAGAACAUCUUAAAGGUGGAUCAAGAGCACCAAGACGUGGACGACGUGCGCCACUACGACGCUCAGGGGGAUGAAAUGUCCGCCGCGUCACUCUCCUCGCUGGCCUCAGGUUCUUCUAGAAGUGAAAUGGCGUUCGACUACCGCACGGACUGGGGUCAGAGAUUUGAGAAGCUUGCUCAGAUCUACCGCGGAGAGUCUGACGCAGAGGACGACAGCGAGUACGAGUUUCCAGACAUCCCUAACAAGCCAUCUAAUAGCCUCUUUUUCCCUGAUAAUAAAUCCAUGAGUAAAGCGAACGCGACUGAGGCCCAGCAGACUGUUUCCUCCAGCAGUGAUCCGCCGCCACACUCCCCCGUCACCGUUAUAGAAGGUAAGGCCUCUUCCGACCCUCCCCAGACAGCCGUCCCUGCGAAGAAGGACAGCAGCCUCAGGGAGCCUCAGGCUUUCUCACUCCAAAGUCAAGGUGACCCACAGGAGCCAGCGUGCCUCAGCAAAAAGGAAGGAGAUGCAUCCUCGUCUCCACGGAAAAAGGACACACCCACGCCGCAACAGCCCAGUUUCUCUACACAGGACUCCAAUAAGCCACAGACACCACCACCGCCGUCACCUCUCCCCAAUAGGCGGCAGGUCAGCACACGGCCGCCCACACCAAGCAGAUACAGUAAUGACUCCGCAGUUACAACUAUCACCAAUUUAUAUACCAACCCUGCGCAGCGGUCAGCCACGCUAGGCAGGAAGAAACCUUUGCUCGGUAGUUCUUCCCAGGCAACGAAAGACGACACGAAUCACCGGUUACCAAAAGAUAUUUACAAGCCGAGGAGCGCAGAGAAGACCGCGCCACCACAGCCUUCAGCGGAGAAGAAAGUUGAGCCACGUGAUUCUAUCACUCCCAUUGCGACAGUGAAAUCUACGAAGGGAAUAGAGACUUGGUGCUAGUGCGUUCAUGGCGGCGGCCCGGGAGUUGGUGCUUAGCUGUGGCGGCAGACGUACUUACCUCUUGCUCAAAGCUUUUUCUUGACGUACAUCAACGUUCUGUUAAACGUUACUUUUUUUUAUGCUAGGCAGUGCCGUAAACUCAAAAUGAGUAAAACGUAAUCCAUAUACUUUUUUUUUUUCUUUUCUACAAGCUGAAGUAUCACUUAUGAAAAAAUUCCGUCACUGUCUAACCAUAUUGCUAAUUUCGUGAUAUACAAUUUAGCCAAUAUAACACAAGUGAGUGACCGAACGAAAAAGGGAAAGUCCUUGAACCAGACUGCCACACUGGAGCCGAGCCGGACCCUCGGGAGGCCCGGCAGGAGUGAGGUGAUUCACGUUCCGUCUGGAUAACUGAGCGAUCCUGACACAUCAAAUGCAUAACUGCGAUUACCUUAUUUUUAUACCUUAAGUUACGAUACUACUGCAUUUUAUUGUGAUGCGCAGAGAAGAAAAGAUGAUGCGCAUAUAAGAAGAAAAGGUAUGUCUCAUUUCACUUCCGCAUCACCAAUCUGCCCACUUCUCUACCCUCCCCCGCCCUCACUACCUCCAAUAUUCAUCUUCUUGUUCUCUUUCAUGCAUGUGAAUCCUUCCCUUGCAUGCCACUAUUCUGCCUUAUUCUGUAAGGCCUUUUUAUACGUGUGUGUGUGUGUGUGUGUGUGUGGGUGGGUGGGUAGGUGCGGGUAUGGGUGCAGGUGUGUACGUGUGCGAGCGCUUGUUGUUGAAAGUGAUAACGCAGUACCUUAGUCCAUUUGCUCUGGAAAUGUGAUCUUAGUUUUUUCCUCGACAUUGUUGCGCUCCUUUUAAAUAGACGCUCGACUAUCUGAUGUUGACAGUUGCCUGGUCAUUAUCACCACUGUUUGUCUCUACCUCUUUGCCAGUCACUUAAGCAGUGAUACAAUGCCUUAAAUUCCUCAGAGUUAAAAGAAUAGCCAGACCUUACAUAUUAUUCGUAGUCGGUUUUUAUUUUUUUUUUUUAACGCUUCGAUGUACACAUAAACACAGCAUUGGUACUGAUUUUCCCUGGUCUAUAACCUCCAUGGCUGUUCAUUUACAGUAAGCCUUCACACACACACACAUCUCUGCCAAAUAAGAGGUGGCCGGUACUCAUCACCCGCAAACUAAUGCCUUGAGUAACGAGGAAGGAAAGCAGCCAUGUUGAUCAUUACGCUGUGUCCGUGUGUGCAUGUUAGCUGCUCGUAGGCUUUCUGUCUAUCUUGGCCUGUCUUGAUUAUCUUAGUGUAACCCAAUGGUGGCCAAAUUAUUAUGCGGAACUACCUAAACCCAGAGUUGUAAGAAGAUUGAAUAUACUACGUAUGCAGUGUGUGGGUGUGUGUGUGUGCGCGCGUGAUUUGUUGUGUUGUGUUGUGUGCCUGCGCGCGCGCGCUAUUAAAUGCAUUUCUCAUUCUUCGCACGUGUGCAUCAUACUGUACUCGUAUUCCCGCGGUGCUGCUGCGCCUCAGACUGCCUUGUCAGGCUACUCUUGUCCAGCUGUAAGAUGGAUGUUGUCAUACUCGCUGUCUAAAAGAAAAAAGUAGCUGGUAAGAUUUUGUAUGUAAUUGCAGCUGCACAAGAAACUUUUUCGUUAAUUCAUUGCAAAAUAAAUGCAAUACGUAAAUUGACGGUCUUACUUUUGUAAUAAUUGGCUUUAUGAUGCACUGUGUGACUAGCUAAAGCAGUGUACAUAUCAUACAUACCUUAUCGGUUUGUCAAUUGCUCCGUUACUGUCGCGUCGAUGUGGUGUGUCAGCAGUGCCGGGGCCCGUCAAUGCUUGUAGGUGUCGCCUGGACGCCUCGCCCAUGCCCUUGUUAUUGCCACGUCACGCAGCCCAACUCUUCUACUCCUUCUUGCUCCUUUAUUUCAAUUAUUUUUUUUCACUGGGUCAUGAAUUUGAGUUGUUUUAUCCUCAGCAAAAUUUAGAUGUAUAAAGGUGAAGAAGCCUACAGUCAUUUGAUGAUAUAAUGUGGCUGUCAUAUUGAGGAGCAUUAAUUUUAAAACCAAACAGUGGGACAACAACAGCACACGCCUGUGGGAGAGGGCGGUUGGUCUGCGGGAGUGUCAGAAGUCCAGGCUCGGGCAACACACAGAGGCGAUCCCUGCCCUGGUACACCAGGAAGUUGUUCUGUGCUACAUACAUCUGCUGUCAUACAUUUUCUGUGCAAGUCCUUUGAAAAUAAAUAUUUGUAUUUGUA